UCUGCCGCGGGCGGGCAGCUGUCGGCAGCGCACCGUCUGGGGGCUCGCGCGGGGGGCUGCGGCUUUUCCCGGCCCUGAGCAGGUGUGCGAAGCCGGGAGGAGAGUCGGGGAGAGCGGGCCGGGCCCGGGGCUGCGGCUGCGGCUGCGGCCCCCCCAGCCCCGCCAGCCCGAGCGCUUGGAGGUAGAGAGGAAAGGUCUGGACAGGGUGGCUGGACCAGUGGCAGACUCAAAUCCAGGCCAACUGUAUGGCUGUCUGAGGUGUUGGAACAGAAGGAAGUCCAUUCCCGUUGGUGACAACACUGUGGCCCUGUUCUGGGAUGACCGAGGUAUAAAGGUUACCCCCAAGAAAGAACAGCUGGGUCCUUGCAUCUUGUGGCAGCUGGCGUGCCCAGCACUGAGUCUGUGGGAGCUGAAGGCAGCCUGGCCCCUUCUCAUGGGCAGUGCCUACCUGUGCUGAGGUCCUGCAGCCGUGGCAAUAAGAGGAGCUGUGCAAUCAGUUGUCACUGAAAAUGUCUGACAGUCUGGAUAAUGAAGAGAAACCCCCAGCUCCCCCGCUGAGGAUGAACAGUAACAACCGAGAUUCUUCAGCACUCAACCACAGCUCCAAACCACUUCCCAUGGCCCCGGAAGAGAAGAAUAAGAAAGCCAGGCUUCGCUCUAUCUUCCCAGGAGGAGGGGAUAAAACCAAUAAGAAGAAGGAGAAAGAACGCCCAGAGAUCUCUCUUCCUUCAGACUUUGAACAUACGAUUCAUGUGGGGUUUGAUGCUGUCACCGGGGAGUUCACUAACUCCCCCUUCCAGACCUCUAGACCUGUGACGGUCGCUUCCAGUGAAUCAGAGGGAAAAAUGCCAGAUCUCUAUGGCUCACAGAUGUGCCCAGGGAAGCUCCCAGAGGGAAUCCCUGAGCAGUGGGCACGGUUACUCCAAACCUCCAACAUAACAAAACUGGAACAGAAGAAGAACCCACAAGCCGUCCUGGAUGUUCUCAAAUUCUACGAUUCCAAAGAAACGGUCAACAACCAGAAAUACAUGAGCUUUACAUCGGGAGAUAAAAGCGCACACGGAUACAUAGCAGCCCAUCCCUCGAGUACAAAAACAGCAUCAGAGCCUCCUUUGGCUCCUCCAGUGUCUGAAGAAGAAGAUGAAGAAGAGGAAGAAGAAGAAGACGACAACGAGCCCCCACCAGUUAUCGCACCGAGACCCGAGCAUACAAAAUCAAUCUAUACUCGUUCUGUGCUGGAAUCCAUUGCUUCACCAGCAGCACCAAAUAAAGAGGUCGCACCACCUUCUGCUGAGAAUGCCAACUCCAGUACUUUGUACAGAAACACGGAUCGGCAAAGGAAAAAAUCUAAGAUGACAGACGAGGAGAUCCUAGAGAAGCUAAGAAGCAUUGUGAGUGUUGGUGACCCAAAGAAAAAAUACACAAGAUUUGAAAAAAUAGGUCAAGGGGCAUCAGGUACAGUGUACACAGCGCUGGACAUUGCCACUGGACAAGAGGUGGCCAUAAAGCAGAUGAACCUUCAACAGCAGCCCAAAAAGGAAUUAAUUAUUAAUGAAAUUCUGGUCAUGAGGGAAAAUAAGAACCCCAAUAUUGUUAAUUAUUUAGAUAGCUACUUAGUGGGUGAUGAACUAUGGGUAGUCAUGGAGUACUUGGCUGGUGGCUCUCUGACUGAUGUGGUCACAGAGACCUGUAUGGAUGAAGGCCAGAUAGCCGCUGUCUGCAGAGAGUGCCUCCAAGCGCUGGACUUUUUACACUCAAACCAAGUGAUCCACAGAGACAUAAAGAGUGACAAUAUUCUUCUUGGGAUGGAUGGCUCUGUUAAAUUGACUGAUUUUGGGUUCUGUGCCCAGAUCACCCCUGAACAAAGUAAACGGAGCACUAUGGUGGGAACUCCAUACUGGAUGGCACCUGAGGUUGUAACUCGAAAAGCUUAUGGUCCGAAAGUUGAUAUCUGGUCUCUAGGGAUUAUGGCAAUUGAAAUGGUGGAAGGUGAACCCCCUUACCUUAAUGAAAAUCCACUCAGGGCAUUAUAUCUGAUAGCCACUAAUGGAACCCCAGAGCUCCAGAAUCCCGAGAGACUGUCAGCUGUGUUCCGUGACUUUUUAAAUCGUUGUCUUGAGAUGGAUGUGGACAGGCGAGGAUCUGCCAAGGAGCUUUUGCAGCAUCCAUUUUUAAAAUUAGCCAAGCCUCUCUCCAGCCUGACUCCUCUGAUUAUCGCUGCAAAAGAAGCAAUUAAGAACAGCAGCCGCUAGGACUGCGAGCCUUACCCCACACCAUCUCCCUCCUGAGUAAGACUGAACUGAAACUCUGCUGCAGGAAAAGAUGGAAGAAAAGACAGUCAACUGGGGUGGGGGGACGGGGAUCUUUAACUUUCAAAUGAAUAGAAACUUCUUAUAAGCCUUUUUCCUACUCCCUCAGAUUAUGUAAUUUAUUCGUAAGCCUGAAUCGCAGCCCGACCAGGGCAGCAAUGUCGAAGUGGCCAUCAAGUGGUCCCUUCUACCGUGAAGCGAAAGAGCCAGUAGUGAAUCCCUUCAUUUUGUGCAUUCACUUUGAAGAAAAAAAGGGUUUCUCAAAGAUGCACACUCCCUCUUCAUAGUGUUGUGUUCGUUUUUAAGUUAGAGAGUAGUCCCUCUUGCAUUCGAACCUCCUUCAAAACUCCUUACCUAAUGUGAUGUUUUUCACUUGCAUUGUCAUUAGAUGUUCAGGAAAAAAAGAUGUCAAAACUUUUUUUUUUAAAAAGAAAGCAAAAAACAAAAAGCAAAAACAAAACCAAAAAAAAAAAACCACAAAAAACAAAAACAAAAUGAAACAAACAAACAAAAAAUACCCCAGAGCAAGUACUGUGUGAACAUGUGGAAGUCCAUGCCCCUAAUAGAGUUGCAAUUUUUUAUUCUUCUUCUAUAGUGGUGGCUUGGUUUGUGUACCUGUUUUUCUGCAUUUGUAUUGGAAAAGGUUUCUUUUCAGGCAUUUUUCCAAAAGCAGAGAGGAAUAUGUAUGUUCAGGAAGGGCUUUUAAAAACUGUCCACCCAAAUAAUGCUCAAAUGGUGAGAUCCUGUCACAUUUUCACGAUCAUGCUUAAGAGAUAGUUGAUGUAUCAUUUCUAUAAACCAGCUUGUUCAUCUUCGUGAUGCCUGACAAAGGACACACUGAAACUUAUGGCCCUCCUAUUGGGUGAGUCCAGGUCCUCAACCUGGGAAACCCUGAUAGGAGAAACCAUUCUUAAAGCUGGAACUUUCUCUGGGAGCUAAAAUGAAUGCAAGAGGAGUGUGCAAUACUGAGAUCUUUGUUGGAGAGAAGGAAACAAAAAUCAAGAGACCUAAUUUAAUCCUCUCUUGUGCUUGUGGGACAUAGGUAUUAUCAAAUAGGCACAUUAGGAAGACAUAGACCCAUUAGCCAACAUUUGCUUAUGAUCAGAGUCAUGUGACAUGUUAUAACAUUUUUAAAAUGUCUUAAAAGACCUGGAGAACAGAGAUAUUGUAAGUAUUCGGCCCUGUCAGAAAUGAGAGGUCUGUGAAAACUACAUCCCAGUCAACAUUUGGCUCCAAGUACUUGCUCCCAUUUUCCCUCUGCCUCACUGAUUUCUGUUUCAGGAUAUAGCAUGGUCAGCCAUCAUCCUUUGAGCUUUUGAAUUUCAAAAACAUGUUCAGACAGAUCUGGAAAUUCUCCAGUAAAAAAAUUAAUUAGGGUUUGUACUCAUAGAUCUCAAGAAGUAGCAGUCCAACCAUGUAUCUGCUUGUUAAAAAUCUAAUGGUUGGCACUUCCUGAAUCUUCUGAGAGCAGAAAAAUAUCUGGAGGGUGGCUGCAUAGAAAAGGAUAUGUUUCUCUUUAAAUUUAUUGUCACUUUUGUAAAUUCUGCAAAGUCCCUCUCUAAGCCUUGGAGAAGCUGACAGUUGAUGCGAUAGAAGGCUUCUUGAUUUGUAACAUAUGAGAAUCUGAAUAAGAACAUAUCUACAUUCAGCAAGAGAGAGAAAGAGAUCAAUGGCCUGGGCCUCUCUUCUUCUCUGCUAAGGUACAUCUGUCCAUCUAACCAUCCAUCCAUUCCUUAAAAUGCAAGCAGUUUCUUUAAAGAGUUUCUGCUAACCAUACAGUACACGUGUUUAUGUUUAGGAAAUGGCACCAAUGGUGGAUUUCCUAUUUUCCUUUUUUUUUUUUUGAUGAUAAAAGUUGAGAGGAACUUGACCCCCCCCCUUCAGAAAACAUCCACAGUGAAAGAAAACAGAUGGGAAAAAGAAAAUUAGAUGUCAACAUUCAUUUGAAGCAUGCUGUGUUCUACUUUGCAAAAAGGUAGUUGGGCCUGAAAUUUUUAAUGCCACACUGUUCUAAUGAGAGAGAGA